AAAGCAUCAUGGCAAAGCGGCUCCAUCCUCCCCUCCAACAGGGAAGUGAGUGAAGCAGGCUCGCGGAGCAGGUGUCGCGCGGACAGAAACUCCCCCUCCCUCCGACAGCUCCGGACUCCUGGAACUUUAUUUAUUUAUUUAAAAGUUUUCGUUUUUCCUCCCUUGCUCUCGCUCUCUCUCUUCCCCCGUCGUUUAAUUGCCCUCCAUCCUUCCUCGCGGUGCUUAUGUCGUGUUUUUAAUGUUCUCCAAAAUGGUCUCGAAGCUGACGUCCCUACAGCAGGAGCUCCUCAGCGCCCUGCUGGACUCAGGCGUCACCAAAGACGUCCUGAUCCAGGCCCUGGACGACAUGGACCCCAGUCCACCGCCGCAGGGCUUCGGGGUGAAAAUGGAGAGCCUGCCCGUGUCCCCCGGCAAGUUGAACGGCGCCGACGCGGACUCCAAGCCCGUCUUCCACACGCUCACCAACGGACACGGCAAGGGCAAGCUGUCCGGGGACGAGGGCUCGGAGGACGGGGACGACUACGACACCCCGCCGAUCCUCAAGGAGCUCCAGUCGCUGAACACGGAGGAGGCCGCGGAGCAGCGGGCAGAGGUGGACCGAAUGCUGGCCGAGGACCCAUGGCGGGCGGCUCGUAUGAUCAAAGGUUACAUGCAGCAGCACAACAUCCCGCAGCGGGAGGUGGUGGACAUCACGGGGCUCAACCAGUCUCACCUCUCCCAGCACCUCAACAAAGGGACGCCCAUGAAGACGCAGAAGCGAGCGGCUCUCUACACCUGGUACGUCAGGAAGCAGCGGGAAAUUCUUCGACAGUUCAACCAGGCCACUCAAGCUUCUAUCGGCAGCAUGUCAGACAAAGGCAGCCAGGAUCCGGCCUUUUUCUACCCGGAGUUCAACAUGUCCGGCCCGGGCAUGGGUCAGUCGAGCGAAGAGGUUGGCACUGAGCCCCUGAGUAAGAAAAUGAGGCGUAACCGUUUCAAAUGGGGGCCUGCAUCUCAGCAAAUCCUGUACCAGGCCUACGAGCGGCAGAAGAACCCCAGCAAGGAGGAGAGGGAGGCUCUGGUGGAGGAGUGCAACAGAGCUGAGUGUCUUCAGAGAGGCGUCUCCCCUUCCAAAGCUCAGGGACUUGGCUCUAACCUGGUCACCGAAGUGAGAGUUUAUAACUGGUUUGCCAACAGACGUAAGGAGGAAGCCUUCAGGCAAAAGCUGGCUAUGGACGCCAUCACUGCACCGUCGCACGGCAUCAACCCACUGCUGUCACACAGCUCGCCGCAUCAUCCCCAGACCAGCGUGUCCCCUCCAAUGCGUUACAGCCAAGGCCCCGGCGAAGUCUCCUCCUCCACCGCCAUCAGUCACCACAGCAACAGCAGCCAGUCGGUGCUGCAGCAGGUGUCCCCGGGAGGACUGGACCACAGCCACAGCCUGCUGUCGCCCGACGCCAAGAUGAUUUCAGGCUCGGGCGGAGGACUUCCUCCGGUCAGCACGCUGACCAACAUCCACAGUUCCCACCACAGCCACCAGCAGCCGCAGAACCUCCUAAUGCCGCUGACAGGAGUCAUGGCGAUAGCGCAGAGUCUGAGCACGUCGCAGGCCCAGACGGUGCCGGUGAUCAACAGCGUGGCGGGGAGCCUCGCCGCUCUCCAGCCGGUGCAGUUCUCCCAGCAGCUCCACAGCCCCCACCAGUCGAGCCUGAUGCAGCAGUCGCCCAGCCACAUGAGCCAGCAGCCCUUCAUGGCCACCGUCACACACUCUCACAUGUAUUCGCACAAACAAGAGCCCCCGCAGUACUCGCACCCGUCCCGUUUCCCCUCAUCCAUGGUCACAGACGCCAACAGCAUCGGCACCCUCAGCUCCAUGUCCUCCAGCAAGACGGACGCUCCUGUAAACAAGAUGGUGCAACUCGGGGGUAUCUCCUGGUGUCCUCUACCAGCUUGGUGAGAGCGUCCAACCGACUUCCCCGCUGCCCGGCAACCGGAGCGCAUUUUUCCACCUUCUCGCCGAGGUUAGCAUGACAACUGCUAAUGGCCAGCAGGCGCGCGCGCGCUGGACAACAAGCUGGUCAACAAACACGGAGGGGAGGGCGAAGGGGAGGGGGGCCCGAGUCUGCCGCGCAUGAAUGAUCAACAAGGAUGUUUAUGAUUCAAACUCAAAUCUUAGAAAACAGUAUUCAGUUUAAAGAAAGAAAAAAAAAGUCAUCCCAAGUUGUCACGCAAAGGAACAAAAGCACCAGAAUGAACUAUUUUGAGGACCUUAAUGGAGGCAUUUGGGGUGACUUCAAGACAUUAAACACAGAGAGGACGAGGGGGGACACCUUGUCUGCACGUGUGACAAUCACAACGACCACUAUUGAUCUCGCGCAUACAUUUCUUACUGUUUUUUUAAGGAGUCUUCCAUGUUUUUAUCUGUCCACAUUCAGUUUACUGUACCGCAAAUGAUCGCCUGAAGUCGUUCCUUGUGUAUACUGUGAUUUGAAAAGACUUUGACAAUCUCAAAAGGACUAUGCAAUGCUUUGUAUAACUGGAUUCUGCACAAAACUCCACACACUUGAGGCUGGAAAAGGAAUAUGCACUAUACAGCUGUUGUAAACUGUUGAUAAAAUAACAAACAAAAAAAAGUAGAUUUGUAACGAAUACGCCAAACUGAUUUAUUUUUUUUUUCUUUGUUCUUUUUUUUUGUGAGGGAACUGACUCGUUUUUACACUUUGAAAGCGGGCGCGCAGCCCUUCCCUUUCCACUGAAACCUCCGGCUCUUGUUUGCUCCCAGGCUCAGGUGAAUUUAAGGAAUGGGACUCACCCCUCCACUCGGACUUUAUCUCCUCUCCCACUUCCUGCUAGCGAUGUAAAACUGGACAAAUAUUGUUAAUAACUCCUCGUCAUGAAUCACGGCUCACCGUUAAAUAGCCCUCCCCCUCCCGCCGGGGAAGAACGAAAACAUCGACAGGCAUUCGUAAACACGAAAGAGCGGCGGUGUUGUGACAGCCGCGGCGUAAAGAUCGCGCGGGAAUGCGGGGAAUCUGCUAGGCGCGCGCAAAUAAACACCUACGGUGACAGUAUUUAGGCGUAAGUUCAUAUCCAGACCUACAUUGAUCAAGUUUCCCUUUCGGGGUGACUCGGCUCGUCGCACGUGGACCCACCCAGUCCCCAGCUCACAUUAUUAGGUCAUCAUGUAGUCGUUUUAUGUGACUGUUAUCGGCAUACAAGACACGAUUCCUCUUUUUCUCUCCCUCUCCUCUUAUUGUAUUAUUUUUGUACAAAAUGGAAAUCAAUCGUGAAUCAUUAUUUAUACUUACCGAGAAAAUAUUGGUUUUUGAAGUAAAAAGUUUUUUUUCUAAAAAUAAUACAUGUGUGGUUAUUGUUUUGCAUGUUUAGUGAGCAUAUUUUAUGUUUAUUGGUGUGUGAUUAAAUGUCUUUGAUCAUAAUCAUUUUUUAUUAUAUUUGUCAAAACAAACAAACAAACAAAAAAAACAUCAGUAGAAGAUCAGUAUUGUCCAAACUUUUUUCCCCACCCGAGCCCAAAACUGGCAAAUCUAAACUAGUGGCGGGCCACAAAAUUAAUUUAUUUAAAAAGUCAAAUGAGAUUUUUUGUGAGUUUUUUGUUUUAUAUUUACUUGUACCAUGAUAACAUUUUUAGAACCCUUGAAGAGGCUUUGGACUGCUGGCUAAUUAAAAGAAAAGCAGACAAUUUCCAGAUUUUGGAGGUUAUUGCUUUUCUAUUUUGUUGGCCAAAGUUUUACCGUUCAAAAUUAUUUCAAGGGCUGCAAAUGGCCCCUGAGCCCCACUUUGAAUACCCAUGUUCCUCAAACAUGCAUGAAAGAAUGACGUCAACACUCCAGGUAUGUCUAUAAUCAGGGAGUAACCUUAUAACAUGAUUAUAAAGCUCAAAAAGUUGAUUUUAGAUUAUACAGCUCCUUUAACAAAUAUGUAAAAAAAACCAACUAUUUUUAUAAAAAUUAUCUAUUGAAGCUUUAAGCUGCAUUUGUCUUAUUGUUGAUUUAUUGCUCUAAUUCAGACAUUUUUUUGUUGUCAUUUCGUUAUGUGUGAUUGUUGUUUUUGCAUAUUUAGUGAGCUCUACGGUAACCUACAGAAUCCAUUAUCACGUGUAAGAACGACAGAAGCGAAGAAGUGCCAAUAUUGUCCUCCUGAAUCUUUUCAACACUCAUUUCUGCUUCACUUUAACUGAAACAUUUCAUGCACAGAGUGAUCUGUUUUCAGAUCCUGCAGUGUUGUGAUCCAUAUGACCCACAUUUAGGUCCUGCACCAUGGCUCCCCGCUGACGAAAGCCUUGUAAUCCUCUGACGUUGCUCCAUUUGCCUUUCAAUGAGGCCUUUGAUUUCGAGUCCCGGGAAACCAGUAAAGUUCUGACUUAGACUCUUUCAUUUCAAGAGACACUAAAAUACAAGAGGGUUUGUUUGCAUCUGUUGAAUUUCUAAACACUCCAUCUGAUCCAUCAUUAAGGCCUGAAUACAAACGUAAUUCAUUAGCAGUCUGGAUGUUAGACCUGCAUAGAAGACUGUUUUUGUUGCUGUUUUUAUGUGUUUAACAAUCACAUUUUAACACAUCAGAACAAACGGAAUCAUACAUUUUUAACAGCAAGAACAAAUGUUUAAAUUUAGAUAAAUCCAAAAAUUGCUUAUGGACGUGACAUUGGUCAGUUGUGUUGUUAAAUAAAGGGGUGAUAGAGCAUAACAAGUAACUUCAGAUGAAUUUAAGUCCCGAUAGUGACUG